CUUUCCCUGCCAUUAGAUCUUGGUCGUUUAAACUCCUCUCCACACCACAGGUAAGUGAUCCUUGAGCCAUUUAACUUCACUCUGCAAGUUUGGUUCAUCAACAUUCGUUGCUGGGUCAUCAUCAAUAAGGAUCAAAUGGCCAUGGCCACCGCAAUCCUCUCUCCUCAGAGCAUCACCGGAGCCAUCGUGAGCUCAACCAGCAAGACCAAGAAGAGAAUGAACAAAGUAGUACCCAUAAAAGGCCUAAAUUCAUAUGGGGGACUAAAGGCUACCAAUGGCGUUCUCUCGUUGGGGCUUCCUUUGAGCACUGAGAAGUGCUUUGCUAAGAUCGUGAGCUCAGUGAAAGCCAGUGGGAAAGGAAAGGGAGGAGGGGGACUCUCGUCCACGGGCAAUGCCGCGGGUGAGAUAUUCACCAUUGCUGCUAUCAUGAAUGGCCUUGUUCUCGUUGGGGUUGCAAUUGGCUUCGUCCUCCUACGAAUUGAAGCGUGGGUGGAGGAGUCCGAGACAGAGUGAAAGCCUAAUCAGAUAAGCAUGUAAUAUUCGGAAUAGUUCUAUGUUUGUAUAUCGAAUGUUGUCGCUGUUUCUGCUUUCAUCGUGACUAAAUUUAUUUGUUAAGGUUCUUCGUUUUUCUGUUGUCGUAAUUGGAUCUCUCGUCAAUCCGCGAGAAAUCACUUGCAAUUCUUACAUAAUAACUAGUAACUGCAAGAAACUAGUUCAUAUU